AUGCCAACGUGUAACUUCCUUUCAAUUUAUCCAAGAUGGGUACCAACAACAUGUUGGCAUUUGCCCUUUUCUCUGUUUUUUCACUGACAUCAGGGCUAUAUUUUCAUAUCGGCGAAACUGAAAAGAAAUGUUUCAUUGAGGAAAUCCCAGAUGAAACUAUGGUUGUCGGCCAUUACAAAGUAGAAAUGUUUGACAGAAAUGUCAAUGAUUAUGUACCAACUGUCUACGGACUUGGUAUGCACGUGGAAGUUACAGACCCAGAAGAUAAAACUGUCAUGUCACGGGACUAUUUGCCCUCUGCCCCAGGGGUGGGGAUGUUGGUUGAGGUCAAGGACCCAGAGGAAAAAGUUAUCCUGUCCCGGACAUAUGCAGCAGAUGGAAGAUUCACUUUCACGUCCCAUAAUGCUGGGGAACAUGUGAUCUGUCUUCACUCCAAUUCUACAGCUUGGUUUUCCAGUGGUCAGUUGAGAGUACAUCUGGACAUCCAGGUGGGAGAGCAUGCCGUGGAUUACUCCCAGAUCCAGGCCAAGGACAAGUUAUCUGAGCUCCAGCUGAGAAUCCGACAACUCCUGGAUCAAGUGGAGCAGAUUACUAAAGAACAAAAUUAUCAGAGAUAUCGGGAGGAGCGAUUCAGGCAGACCUCAGAAAGCACCAACCAGCGAGUUCUGUAUUGGUCCAUAGCUCAGACAAUCAUUCUCCUUAUUACGGGUUUCUGGCAGAUGAAGCAUCUAAAGAGCUUUUUCGAGGCCAAGAAACUUGUAUAGUGUUCUAGUUAAUUUUAUAGGGUAAUAUUAUUAAAAAUUUGGUCCUUCCAGUUAUUGAUAUAUUGGGGAAAAAUGAAGACAUUCAGAUCGGAAGUUUGGACUCAGGCAGAAGAAAAUUCAAGUAUACUGUAUGGUUUCUUAAAAUUUAAGAAGUGAAAAUAGAAAAAAAAAAUUAAAUAUGUUACAUGAUAUAUGCAUUGUUAGCAUACUAAAAUGUGACUUAAUUGAUUAAAAAAAAUUGAGACAAGAGAUUUUUCAGAUAAAAUUUUUAUUAAAAUUAAAAAAAUCAGUAAUAGGAACUUGGGAUACGUAAAGCAGCUACUGUGUACAAAUAAUUUUCAGACAAUGUAUAAAGGUAGAAUUUUUUGUUUAAUUCAUUAAUUUUAUUUGAGGUGAAAGUUUUUUCCUUUGUAUUUUUUGACUUCAUAUUCAGUCAUAUUUAUUAUGGAGAUAUUUUGUUGCAACAUGGAGUAGUGUGUGAUUGAUAUUGAAAGAUGUUUGACGUUUGAGAGAGUUUCUUCCCUUUCGUUAGCACCUGUAUUGUUCCUUUGUUACCACUUGUAUUAAAAAUGCAUACCGGUAAUUUCAUGUGUCAGAUUAAGUUCUCUUUACUAUAUAAUGAAUAGUAUUUUGAAAUGGAUUUAUUUGGAGCUGGGUCAGGGAAAAUAAAAAAAAAAGAAGGGGGGGGGGGUUAUGAUGAAAAUGAAUUAAUGCUGAGAAGUACAUGUACUAGCUAUUUAAAGUUUUUGAUGAAAAUUUGGAUUAAAAUUAAGAACAUGAUGUUAUAUGUUAGUGUAUAUUUUAAAUGUAUUGAGUUCUCACUGUAUGAUUUUUUUUUAUCACAUUGAUUGUGUGGUUUAUGAAUUUUACUGUAUAAAAUCAUCACCAUUCCUGUUCUUGGAUGUAAAUGUGAAAUUAAGCUCAGUGAGAAAAAAUAGCUUUGUGGAUCUAUGCUUUAUGUGUGUGCAUGUAUGUGUGUGUGAUCACUUUUCUCUUCUUGUGUGUGAAUGUAUAAACAUGAAAUAAAUAUUUUAAAAUAUGAGUAAAA